GCUUAGCUCACAGUCAGAGCUGAGCACCGAGCACCGACGAAAAUGUCGCCGCCGCCGCCGUCCUCCUCCGCUUCUUCUCUAGUUCUCGCCGCCCUCGCCGUCGUCACCCUGACCACCCUCUCCUUCUCAUCCCCCGCCUCCGCCGCGGCCGGCCCGCGGCCCCGCCCCUUCAAGAAGAUCUACGCCUUCGGGGACUCCUUCACCGACACCGGCAACACCCACUCCGAGUCCGGCCCCAGCGGCUACGGCCACGUCUCCAGCCCCCCCUACGGCGUCACCUUCUUCCACCGCCCCACCAACCGCUACUCCGACGGUCGCCUCGUCAUCGACUUCGUAGCCCAGUCCCUCUCCCUCCCCUUCCUUCCCCCCUACCGCAACAUCUCCUCCUCCUCCGCCGCCGCCGCCGCCGCCAGCGGCGUCAACUUCGCCGUCGCCGGCUCGACGGCCAUCAACCACGAGUUCUUCGUGAGGAACAACAUGAGCCUGGACGUGACGCCGCAGUCGCUCCUGACGCAGCUCCUCUGGUUCAGCAAGUACAUGGAGAGCCACGAGGGGUGCAGGGGAAAGGCGUGCCGGGGCGCGCUGCAGGACGCGCUGGUGUGGGUGGGCGAGAUCGGCGUCAACGACUACGCCUACACCAUCGGGUCCAACGUCUCCGCCGACACCAUCCAGAAGCUCACCAUCACCACCGUCACCGCAGUUCUGGAGUCGCUUCUGAAGCGGGGGGCAAAGUAUAUGGUGGUCCAAGGUCUGCCGGUUUCGGGUUGCUUGCCCCUGACCAUGUAUUUGGCCCCCGAGAACGACAGAGACGACAUAGGCUGCGUGAAGAGCGUGAAUGACCGAACCCACGCCCAUAAUGCCGCACUCCUGGCCAAGAUUUCCGACCUCAGGAAGCGAUUCCCUGAUUCUGUGAUUGUCUAUGCUGAUUACUGGAACGCGUACCACUCGGUCAUGAAGACCCCGGCCAAGUACGGCUUCAAGGAGCCUUUCAAGGCAUGCUGCGGUACCGGGGACCCUUAUCACUACAAUCCGUUCGCGACGUGUGGCACGCCGUCCACUGACCUCUGCCCUCGUCCCUCGGAGUACAUCAACUGGGACGGAGUCCAUCUCACGGAAGCCAUGUACAAGGUGAUUGCCGACAUGUUUCUGAAUGGGAGGUACAGUCAACCUCCCUUUAGCUACUUGCUUGGCAAGAAACAGCGUGGCGGAUGAACUGCUCCUAGCUAUAGCUAAAAUGGGGAUGCGAGUUAGGUCGGUACGCCGUCGAGCUCUGCAUCGGCCUUGGCAAAUAAUGACUAUCAGCUACUUCUAGCGGGAGCUAUAUAGAGGACCUGUAUUACAGGUUGAAGUAGAACUUCAUGUUGAUGCAGAUCGCAUGAUGCACCUUAUGUAUGGAGUUCAUUUAUUUCAACCGUUGGGAUGCUAAUACCAUGCUCAGUAAUUCCGCGAAA